GCGCUCUGCGGAGCAGGGGCCUGGCGAGGCAGGGCUGAGCGCGGCGCCCCGCUGCCCAAUCGCCGCCCUUGGGCAGGGCAGCCGAGCGCUGUUCCGCCACCCGCGGUGCUGAAAACAGCCUGAGACCCGAGCCGGUGCCUGGCCUUCACCCGCAGGCCACUCCGCCCAGCGCCCGCAGCCGCCACAGCCGCACGAUGAGCUCUCUCCUGUUCCUAGUAUUAGUUGUAUACUUCAAAAACACAUCUGCUUCCCAGACCACUGACUGUCUGAACCUGAGAGAGCAAUGCAUUCGUGCUGCAAAUGGAUGUGAAAGUGUCUGGAAUGUAAUUGAAGAUGCCUGUAAUAUUUCAGGCAACAGCUGCAAGGCAAAAGAUUCAGUUGGCUGUAAUACAACCAUCCAAUUCCUGGCUAACCAGUAUCCACAAUUUAAAGACUGUAUCUGCACCAAAGAUGAUUUUUGUAGCACCAAACUGUUGCUUGGGAAACAAUGUGCUGUUAAAAAAGGGCAUUUGGAGCCUUCCCUAAGCCCAGAUAUGCAAUUAAACUUCAGGUCGCACUCAGAACCCAAAGGCAUGCAACGCACCAGGGAAUCAGAAAAUGACUGCAGUAUUGCAAAGCAAAACUGCCGAGAAGACCAUAGCUGCUUUAUGAUGUAUAAGAACUUCCAAAGAGUUUGCAGGGCAGAGGUGGCAAAAUGCAGUCUCCAAAUGGUUGGGCAACAAUGUUUGUCAGCAUGGAAGGAGCUGAGGAAAACAGUGCUGGGGAACUGCAAGUGUUCAGAACCAAUUCAAAAAAGAUGUGCUAAAAUAUGGAAGAGUAUCUUUAAUAACACGUGUUUACAGUACAUUCAGGAGAAUCAAGCUUUUGCCAUGCAGGAAGACGACUAUGAUGAUGAGAGAAAUCAGGGCAUUCAUCCAGAUAAUAUUAACAUGGAAACUAAAUUACAAUGGAACUUAUCUGCUCUUUCCAAACAUGAAUACAUAGAGAAUGGAACCUGUUUUGAUGUAAACAAGGAAUGUAUUGAAGAUGAAGUAUGUAAUAAACAGUUAUCUCUGUACCUUAAAGUUUGUUCAGUAACUAGAAAGCAGUGCAACAUGGAACAAUGCCAAGCAGCCAUAAGGUUCUUCUAUCAAAAUAUGCCUUUUAAUGUUGCCCAGAUGUUGACAUUUUGUGACUGCACCCAGCCUGAUGAAUCUUGUCAGCAAGCCAAAGAUCUUCUUCAUGGCAAGCCAUGUGCAGUCAACAUAGUUCCCCCUCCUUCAUGUCUAAAUGUAGUUCACAGGUGCCAAGACAAUGAAUUGUGCAGGAAAAAAUAUGAAGUGUUUCGGUCUAAGUGCUGGAGACAUGUGACAAAAAGAUGCUAUGACAAUAAAGCUUGCCUUGAAACUUUAAUCAAGGAUGAUCUGAUUUGCUCUGGAAGUGCUGACUGCAGAGCAGCUUACAUUGACAACUGGGGCACCAUGCUUCGCGUGGAAUGCACCUGUCAUACUGUCCCACUAGCUGAACAGUCUUUGUGCAAGCUCUUCCAUCACCUGCUUCACAGCAAGUCCUGCUUCAGUCAGAUUUCAAGAGGAAAGACAGGCCUUCAGCUGAUACAUACUGAUAUGCCAGGAGAAAAACUUCCCAUAACAAGGUUCCGUUCUCUAUUUAAUGGUGAAACAAUCUAUAUUAUUGCAUAUACAUCUUGCAUAGUACUCAUCCUGGGAAUAAUCCUGGUGGCUCUCCUAAAGACCAGAGCCUGCAGAGCAACAUAUCCAUCAAGAAAUCCCUCACCAGUUCAUUCAUCUGAGAUUCUUAUGGUCCAUUAACAGUCAUAGAUAAUCAAUAUUCUGGCAAACUCUCUUUAAGGCUAUUCUUGGUAGCCAGCCUGUUGUGGAUAAGUCAUAAUAAAAUGUAUGUUAUAAAGUCUAGUUUGUGAUGGGAUUUUGUGGUUGAGAG